AUGGUUGCUUAUAGACCUCCUGACUGUCCAGUUUCCUGUUUCGUGGACGAUUUCAUGGACAACUAUUCAUAUGCACUUACUUUGAAAAAAGAUAUAUUCGUAGUGGGUGAUCUAAAUUGUAACUUAUUAAAAAGUGGUCCAGAAUCUGAUGCGUUGAACGAAUUGUGCAGCAGCUUGAAUUUAUUCCAACUUAUCAAGGAACCAACUAGGGUGACCUUGCAGUCCUCAUCUCUCAUCGAUGUGAUUUUAACAUCUAACACAAGCUUGGUAGUGGAAAGUGGAGUUGAAGAAACGCACAUCAGUGACCACUUUCUGGUUUAUUCAAUAUUAAAGCUUAAAUUGCUUAAGAAAUUACCUGAUUACAUGGUCAUAAGAAGUUUUAAGAAUUAUUCUUCUGAAGCGUUUAAAAAUGAUCUAGAACAGCUGAUUUGGCAAGAAAAUCCAAUUGACCAGGGCGUUAACCAGCGACUGGACAAUUUUAAUCAGAAAUUUCUAAGUGUAUUAGAUAUGCAUGCCCCGAUAAAGACUGUUAAGAUUAAACGUCGCUUGUGCCCUUUUGUUGACCAGGAAAUUGUUCAACUUAUGAAAAAAAGAAAUGCGCUGCAUAAACUUGCCCGCCAAACCCUGCAGGCCUUGGACUGGGACAGAUAUCGUUCAUGUAGAAAUCAAAUUAAAAGAAAAUUGAGAGAAUCCGAGAGAAAAUUUGUGUAUAAAAGAAUUAAUGACAAAAAUAGCAACAACAACUCCCUUUGGAAAACU